AUGACGGUGCCAGCGCAGAAGGAACGGGGAUCUGUGGUGUCCGUUCGUGCAUCUAAGUCCAAGGCAAAUGAAGGAAAUGAAAGUAUGGAUAUUCCUUGGAUAUCUCUGCAAGAAGAUGCGGUUUCCCACAUCCCUCCUGUACUCACUAGAGACGGCAGUUACUUGUUUCUCGUCCAGGAUUCAAGCGUGUUGAUUGUUUCACGAAUAACAAAUCGAGUCGUCGCAACACUAUCUGAUGCAACAAUGUCGGAGGAGCUGAGACACACAGCGCCGAUCACUGGCAUGAUGCUGAGUUUGUUUAACCCAUUACAACUCAUUACGUGCUCGUUGGAUGGAACUGUCAAGGUAUGGGAUUAUUUAGAAUCACAAUUGCAUGACAAUGUCCAUGUGGGCCAUCCCAUCGUCAGCAUGAGUGCAAGCUCCCAUUGGAGGAAUCGUUUAUUUGUCGCGGUCUCGAAGCAUGGUCAGCAAGCCGCAGGCCCAUCUUCUGACAGUAAAACGAAGGAGGCAUCUAGCACAAUAUACUCCGUUCAACUCGGGCGUGGUUUGUCUCGCGCGCAUAAAGCAGCAAAGAUUGUGCGUCUUGGAAAGAUGCGACCUGUUUCACACUUGGCAUUGUCGCCGGAUGGCCGUUGGCUUGUAGCUACGAGUUCCGCGAAAUUGCAUGUGCUAGACUUGAAUGAUACAGGAGCGGGAUUCACCAAGUACUCGACAGAGAGCCGGUUCACAUCACUUGCAUUCCAUCCAUCAAAGGACUUGGUUCAGUUUGCCACGGGAGAAAUGAAUGGUAAAAUCAAGCUAUGGCAUUGUCUAGAGCCACCCGCCACAACAUCAGCCAAACUCGUCCCCUCCAUGGUUUCAAGUGGUUCGUUAGAGCCCAUAUCACCCACUACUACAUUGCACUGGCAUGCACAUGCUGUAGCGGCACUGCAAUACACGCCAGACGGCGCUCAAUUGCUUUCAGGUGGUGAGGAAGGCGUUCUUGUGCUGUGGAAGCUUCUCAGUGGUACAGCUGCAGGCAGUGAUGGCCGUGAGUUUGUUCCUCGUUUAGGCGCCUCGAUCAUGUCCCUAGCCGUUGCCUCUGGCUAUGAAAAUUCGGAACAGGAAUACGUGGCGCAUUUGGCUGAUGGUAGUGUGGUAUUUAUUGCAAGUCUGAGCCUGAAGCCAACACGCGUAUUCUCGACGAUCAAAUGUGAUGCUACUCGAGCCUUGCUUCCAUUGCAUGAACGCGCCAAGCUCCCUCAGCCUUUGGCGCUUGAUCGAGCUGCGGGGCAUCUAGUUUUGCUCGCUGGACACCCGUCCACGGUGCAAUUCGUUGACGUCGCCACACGCACACAUAUUCGGGAUAUGGAAAUUGUUCCAUCUAAUCGCGUGUCGCGGCCUGAAGAGGCACUACUUAGUCCGCCAUCUGUGUAUGCUGUUGCUUUCUCUGAUCCUGGCCGAGACGCGUUACACGCCGAAUGGAUGGCCACGGUUGAUGGUCGGGACGGUGGCUCUUUUACGUCAGAAUUCUCUUUAAAGUUGUGGCAAUGGGAGCCACGCUCCAAGACGUAUGUGCUAAAUACACGCAUUGAUCAUCCGCACGAGAAGAGUGUGUCCAGUAUUGGUUUCUCGCCGUGCUUGUCGGACAACGACCCACUUCAGGCUUUCUUACUAGUGACAGCGGGUGGUGAUGGCCAGGUGAAGACUUGGCGUUUGGCGUUACGGAGUCUCAAAGGCGCACGCUCUGAGCAUUUCUGGGUAUGCCGCUCGUCGUUUGGUUAUCGGGAAAGCGUGCCUCACCAUGUAUCAUGGGCCCCGGAUGGCUCUCUGUUUGCUGUGGCUCAGGGCCUAUUUGUGACUAUAUGGGAUCCACAAACUCUUGUGAUGCAAGCGCGACUUGCGACGCCCGAGAUCAAGGACGUGCGCACGUGUGACUUCGUUGGGCGCAAGGGCCGUUUUCUCGCCGUUACAGGCUCGCCAUCGCGUUUCGUGAUAUGGGACCUGAUAUCCCAGUCAGUCGUGUACUCAGCUUCAGGCUCAUUUUACGCACAGGUAAAGCAUGGCGACCGUGUGUUGGCGUUGCGUUCGACUCAUGCUGGCACUGCGAUUGACCUCGUAUGCCCACGCGAUCGACGCAUCGUCCGGACGUAUAUGGUUCCAUUCCUUUUGCACGAUGCGCCGGUGAAUGCGUCUAGAUCAAGCUCAUUGGAUGACUUGGCCUUGUAUGGUGCGCGUCAGCAUGGCGCUUUGGUCGGUAUAGGCGCCGCAGUUGCCGCAGUCGCAACUCAAUCACGUUCACACGCUGCCAUGUCCUUGCACAGUGUAGCAUUAAGUGAUGCUCGUUCGACGCUGUUUGACGAGCUGUUUGGCGUCGCUGAUUCGGAAAAGAAGAAAACAGAGUCAGUUUUGGUGUCUGAUGCACAAUACAAGCAGCAACUCGCAUCUGACGCACCAGCGAGUGCGGUCUUGGAGCUGUUUGCGACGCCGCCCCACUUGUUGCCACCCAUGUCGACAUUAUUGGAUCCGUUUGUCGAUGCGCUUUUUCCACCACGCUCAAGUACUUCCGCAGAAGUCACUUCAGAGGCUGUGGCACCCCACCUGACGGGCGGUUCCUCGAUUGCCUUGGGAACCGCUCCGAGCUCGGCAGCCGACCAUGCUCACCCAACCGACGCGUCUUUUGCUAUCGGUUCAGAUGUUGUUCCUGACGGCCAUGAAGUGCCAACACGACUGGAUGCGCUGGACCAUGUUGCACAAGCUCGUGACAUGGACAUUAGCCACCUAACGGCCGUGUUUGAUCAGCUCAUGUCAACGGCAACAUCUGCGACGACGGUGCCAGUGUCCUCUUUACCGUCACGUGCACCGAAAAGCGGAACUGGAGCGAGUGGCAAGCGUCGCACGUCUCGUUCGGUUUCAUCAUGA